AAAAAGACAAAACCUAUAUACUUAAGGAAAUAUAAAAAAAAAGGUGAAAGUAAAUCAUGGAAUACCACAACCGUAGAAGUCGUAGAGGAAGAGGGCGAACACGUGUACCUAUGCCAUUCCCUGUGUCGCGUCGCCCAAAACAAUCAUUUUUUACCAAUUUCUACAACUUCUUUAUAAUGUCAAGUCUAGUAAUGAUCGUGUAUUUGAUGCUUGACUAUCAUUGCAACAUAUGUAGCAAAAAAUGUGACAUCUAUAAUAUAACCAGAGGAAUCCAUGAUAUUACGGAUAACAUUACCCACAUCAAAAGUUCUUAUUCUGAUUUGGAAAAAACAUUACAAAAAAUUUCAUUUGAACUGCCGAGAAUUGAAGGGCAAAUUGAAGUUUUAGAAGUUUUGGCAAACACAAUGGAAAGAGGUGAUUACGCUUGGAAUCCUAAAACACACUUACCUUUGCCUAAUGUAGAUGUAUUUCUUAAUACACCUGAAAAAACAUCUGUAAAAGGUUCAGAUUUUGGUAACUCAACGAAAAAAGGUCCAAAACGAAGAAAAAAUAACAGGGAUUGACUAGAAAUGGACUAUAAUUAUAUUGAUGAAUUACGAAUUGCAUGUUUUGGGAUAUUUUAAUUAUAUGUGCAAAUAAAUAUUAUUUAUGA